AUGGCAGAAUAUAUGUCCAACUCAACUACUAAUAGUGAGAAUCUACUACACUUUCGAGAGGUGGUCGAAGAUGACCCUUUUAUCGCCGUGUAUCUACUGGUAACGAUUUGCCUGUGCAUGAUGGGGACCUGUGGUAAUACUUUGGUACUGUUGACGGUGAUUAUGAACAAGAAAUUACACACUGUAUCCAAUAUAUUUAUCGUCAAUCUAGCUGUAGCAGAUAUCGGUGUCACCUCGUUGGUUGAUGCGUUCACCAUCGUCGGUAUCAUCACGUCUCGCCAAUUUUUACCUCCUCAAACUACCUUAUGCGCGUUUGUAGGUUCGUUCUGCCUCAUAUGUUGCAGUUGUUCGCUCUGGAACAUCAUGGCGGUUGGUAUUAACAGAUACAUAUAUAUAUGCAAGUCCCAUCUGUAUAGGAAGAUCUAUACAGUGCCCACCACUCUGGCGAUGGCAGCGGCCGUCUGGCUUAGCUGUUUUCUGUUAGAUUUCCCGAACUUUGUUGGUUGGGGUGAUCACGGUUACGACGCCAAGACAAUGGUUUGUUCAUACAGCCGAACAGCUAGUCUCAGCUGGUUGUUGUUUUUCGUCAUAUCAGCGGUACUCGUACCGGCAUGCAUCAUAUUGUACUGCUAUAUCAGCGUAUAUUUACUGGUUCGAAAUCAUGGUCUGACAUUCACUGGAGGAUUCCAGAGAAAUACAGUCAGACUGAAAAAAAAAGAUAUACAGUUGAUGAAAACGUUGUUUGCUAUCUUUCUCGUGUUCAUUACGUGCUGGGUUCCUUACGCCAUAGUAGUUGUAGCGGACGUCAAUGACACUUGGCCGCAUUAUAUACAUAUCACUGUUUGGAUUAUGGCACACGGAAACAGCGCAUUGGACAGUAUAUUGUACGGAGUCAUGAACAAGCAAUUCCGCGAUGGUUAUGCCGUAAUUAUCUCAUACAUAUUCUGUUGUUGCCGUGAAGCAAUUUUGAAAAGCAAUCGUGUCGGCACAACGACGGUGUCAGUACUGUCCAUGCCGACCAAACCAGAGUCGAAAGCUACACCGCGCCCUAUCAAACUAGCUGGUGUCGAAGAAGUGUCACUGUAA